AACAAACUGUCACAAGUUAAACAAAAAAAAACCUACCGGUUUGAAAACACUCUUCUGAAAAAAGAUAUUCCAACUCGAAAAAAAAAUAAAUAAAAACAAAUUCCGAUAAUAACAAAAUUAUUGAAUUCGAAUUUCUUUCUUGAAACAAAAUUGUGCUACAAUGUCCAUAAGCCUGUUAUCACCCCUCAGAAAAGUCAUUCAUGGCAAAAGAAUUAUACAAUUUCAAUUGCGAUUCCUUUCGCAACAAUCAACUACACCCAAAAUCGACGACCAACAAUUAAAUCCAAAUCCAACGACAUCACCUAACUUUGAAGUGGAACACCAUUCAAAAUUAGCAGCCGAAUGGUGGGAUCCAGCUGGCCAACUCAAAGGCCUUCAUGCCAUGAAUACAAUAAGAAUUCCCUUUGUUCGAGAUGGUUUAAUCUCUGCUGGAACUGUUGAUUCAGAACUUCAACAUACCACAAAAGUUCUUAAAGACAAGAAAAUUUUAGAAGUCGGUUGUGGUGGAGGAAUUCUUACUGAAAGUCUUGCUCGCUUACAUGCCGAUAUUAUAGCAAUCGAUUUGAGUGAUGAACUUAUCAAGGUUGCCAAACAGCAUCUAAAUGAUUGCAGUCCGGAGCUGACUUCAAGAAUUCAGUAUCGAAUGGAACCACUUGAUAUUCAUGUUAUGGACAAUCUGGAAAAAUACGAUGCAGUGGUUGUAUCUGAAGUUAUAGAACACAUUGACAAUAAGCCAGCUUUUCUUACAUCCUGCGUUGAUUGCCUAAAACCAGGAGGAUCAAUUUUUAUAACAACACUUAAUCAAACCCCAGUUAUGUGGUUUACUGGUAUAAUUUUAGCAGAAUAUUUGCUCAAUUUAGUGCCAAAGGGAACUCAUCAUUGGGAAAAGCUAAUUGCUCCAAAGGAAUUGAUGAAAAUUCUAAAUGCCUUGAACUGUGAUACGAUCAUGUUAAAAGGAUGCAUUUAUGAAUUCUGGUCAAAUAAGUGGCAAUGGAUACCAGUUGAUGAUUUUUCUUAUGCGUUGCAUGCAAUUAAAUCUGAGAGGUCUUAGGUCAAAGGUUUGUAA